AUGGUCGUUUCGGACCGCUAUACACAUCAAAGUAUCACUCCAAAAGGCAAGAUCGAGCGAUUCAGAGCCAAGUUUGUGCGUCUGCGCGAGAACCUGGUUAGUUCCUACCGUAGUCUUUGAAUCAAAAAUUGUUUUUAGAAGUUCCUCCUUGCCAUUCUUCUCAAAAACAUUCCGGGAUAUUCGGAAGAUGAGAUCCAGAAACUUCAAAUAAUGCUUCUGAAGACUACGUUCUUCACCGACGAGAUGGAUUUCCACCUUCGCGGAGAGAUCCCUUUCGAGGUGGCAGAUGUGAGUUACCCCAAUUUCUUCAGAACCAUUUUUAAAUAUUUCAGGAGGUCGACGCUGCCUACUUCCAUUUCUACCAACGUAGCCGUACCGAAGUCACCGGUUUGCUCCACGAGUUGUGCCCGGAUCACUAUUUCAUCUGGUGA